CCGUUCGCCGGUGUGGCAGUCUUCUCCGGGAGCACUCUCCCUGGGCCGCGUGGUCGACCUCUGCCCGUUCCCUGCAGCCUGCCCUGACGGCCCGGUUUCCUAGUUAGAUCUUCGUUGCUUUUCCCCUUUCUCCUUCCUUUGCAGUCGGCAUGCAGAAGAAGGACGCCUCCCCGCCUGGGUUCCUGCCCCGCUUCCAGCAUUUCGCCACGCGGGCCAUCCACACGGGCCAGGACCCCGCGCAGUGGGCCUCCCGGGACGUGGUGCCGCCCAUCUCCCUGUCCACCACCUUCCAGCAGCGGGCGCCGGGCCAGCACUGGGGCUUUGUGUAUGGUCGCUCUGGAAAUCCUACUAGGAACUGCCUGGAAAAAGUAGUGGCGGCAUUGGAUGAGGCCAAGUACAGUUUGGCCUUUGCUUCGGGUUUAGCAGCUGCUGUGACGAUUACUCAUCUUUUAAAAGCAGGAGACCAAGUGAUUUGCAUGGAUGAUGUGUACGGAGGUACUAGCAGAUACUUCAGGAGGGUGGCAGCUGAAUUUGGAUUAAAGAUUUCUUUUGUUGAUUGUUCCAAAACCAAAUUGCUGGAGGAAGCAAUUACACCACAAACCAAGCUCGUUUGGAUCGAAACCCCCACCAACCCUAGCUUGAAGUUAGUUGACAUCGCAGCCUGUGCGUACAUCGUCCACCAGCAUGAAGACAUUAUCCUGGCGGUGGAUAACUCUUUUAUGUCUGCAUAUUUCCAGCGGCCUUUGGCUCUGGGAGCUGAUAUUUGCAUGUAUUCUGCAACGAAGUACAUGAAUGGUCAUAGUGAUGUGGUGAUGGGCUUAGUGUCGGUGAAUUCUGAAGACCUCCAUAGCCGACUUCGUUUCCUGCAAAAUACUCUCGGAACCGUGCCAUCCCCACUCGACUGUUACCUGUGCAUCCGCGGCCUCAAGACCCUGCAGAUCCGAAUGGAGAAGCAUUUCCAAAAUGGAAUGGCCGUGGCCCGGUUCCUGGAAUCCGACCCCCGGAUAGAAAAGGUUGUCUAUCCUGGGCUGCCCUCUCACCCGCAGCAUGAGCUGGCCAAGCGGCAGUGCACAGGCUGCCCGGGGAUGGUCACCUGCUACAUCAAGGGCUCUCUCCAGCAUGCCGAGACCUUCCUGAAGCACCUGAAGGUAUUUACUCUGGCUGAGAGUUUGGGAGGAUACGAAAGUCUUGCUGAGCUUCCGGCAGUCAUGACCCACGCAUCGGUGCCGAAGAAUGACAGAGAAGCCCUUGGAAUCAGCGACACGCUGAUUCGGCUGUCUGUGGGCUUAGAAGAUGAAAAAGACCUUCUGGAAGAUUUAGAUCAAGCUCUGAAGGCAGCACACCCUGCAGGCGGAAGCCUCAAGUAGGACUGCAAGCUGCCGGUAGGAGUUGCUUCCUGACAAGAUCACAUCUUCUGGAUAAUUGAAUGGACCAUGAAUGAGGCUUUGCAGAAUUUUCAAAUGAAAAUUUUAAGGCACCUCAUUACCUUCUGCAGCUAUAACCUUGUAGGGAUCUUCCCUGUUAGAAACGUUUCCUGUAUAUGUGGUUGUAACUGAGAGAUCAAUUCUGUGAAUAUCUUUUGUUCAUUUUGCUACAUAUUUGCUUCUGGAGGAGGUGAGAUUUGUGCUGUGGGUUCUUCAUUUCAUAGCCUAAGACUUACAUUGAUCAUGUUUACAGUACAAUGGUGAUUCAUUUUUGAUGCUUUGUAAUGAAGUCAGGCUACUAGAUGAUAUUUCUUAAAUCAGGCCUGAUUUUUGCAUACUGCUGAAGAAUAUUGAAAGCAAUGGUUUACAUUUAAUUAUCAUAUGUCAAAAAUCAAAUACUUGAGAAGUCUAUUCUGAAUUUCUACUGAUUUAAAGUUAUUACCUAUUGUUUUUCAAAAAAUAAAUGCAAUUAUCAAAUUCA